AUGGGCCACAUGGGGCGGAUUGUGGCAGCUGCAAGACACCUUGAGAACUACGAACGGUUUCUGAUGUUGUCGGAUACCAGCGGUAGAGCAUUGAGCUCCCGGCCUUGCUUGCGUUUUGUGGGGCUGAAAAGCUUGGACGAGGUCUACGACCUCGUCAGCGCCGCCGACGGUCUGCUGGGCGUCCGCUCCAGCGACGGCCACGGCGGCGAGGCGGUCGCCUUCGUGGAGCGCGGCGCCUUGGGCGCCAACCUCUUCCGACGCCUCACCGGGCAGGAGCCUGGUGCCGAUCUUGUACCAGUUCGUACCCAUUCAGCUUGGGGACAGCCAAGUCCCGGUGCCACACGAUUGCGGGUGAAACUGGAGCAGACUCUUACCUCAGGAUCACGGACAGCACCUCGGCCCAAGCCCCAGCCGGACGCUUGGGAGUCCAAGGAGGAAGUCCCUGACACCUGGGAAGACAUGCUCUGGCUUAGCCAAAGCCCUGUACAGUUCUUGGCUCGACAGAAAAAAUCGCAGGUUUCGCUGACACCUGGAUUUGUGCCGAAGAAACUGGGCUCAGCCACACAACCCGCGCGUGACUCCUCAAGUCAUUUUCAGGAAAUCGCAGAGAUGACCAUUCAGGAGGAGAUCUUCUUCCCUAUUCGCGAACUGUCCACAUACCAGGGCACCAAGUGGACGAUCAAGGGAAGGGUUACCACGCGUACGCCCAUGCGCGACUUCAAGCAACGCAACGGUGGUGAGGGCAAGGUCUUCAGUGUGGAACUGCUGGAUGCUGAAGGUGGUGAGAUCAGGGCGAGUUUCUUCAACGAGGCCGCUGAGAAGCUCUACAACCUCAUGGAGGCGGGGAAGUGCUUCAAGCUGAGCAAAGGUAACGUGCGCAUCGCCAACAGGCAGUACAACACCUGUAAGCAUCGCUAUGAACUGGUGUUCGACAAGUUGGCACAGGUGGAUGAGGUGGAAGAUGACAAGAAGAUUGAUGCUGUCAAGUAUGCUAUCGAGAACCUGCGCUCAGUGAAGGGUAAGACACUGCCAUGCAGUGUUGAUAUUUGUGGCAUCCUCAUCUCCUAUGAGCAGCCCAUCGCCUUUGAAUCCAAAGAUGGGAGGAAGUUGGUGAAGAGAAACAUCACUGUAGCAGAUGACAGUGGCAUGAGCAUGGCCGUCACACUUUGGGCAGAACGUGCUGAAAAGGAUGAUUCUGCCUUCAGUGGCAGUCCAGUUGUUGCAAUGAAGGGCGUCAUCGUCAAGGAGUGGCAAGGAGGCCUUAGUGGCUCGCUGACUGAGGGCGGCAAGUUGGAUUUGCAUCCGGACCUCCCAGAAGCAAAGAGGGUGCUGGAGUGGUGGAAAACCAGCGGCCAUGCCCAAGAUCUGACUUUCAUCUCCCAGACUACUGGAAGUCCUGGUCCUCGAGUGUCUGGCAAAAUCCUUGAUGUUAUGGAGAUGAAGCAGGCAUGCGAACAGGUUGUUACAGAGCAGCAGACCUAUUCCGUAUAUUGCCGCCUUGCGGCCGUACAGACGCGCAAGAGGGAUGAAGUGCAGCCGCUUUACUACACUGCGUGCUUGGAACUGAAGGAAGGCAUGCAGGGAAGGAUGCUGCCAUGCAAUCGCCGGGUGGAUGAGAACGAAUUCUGCGCCGUGUGCCAGAAGAAGGGCAAGGUUGGACCUCGUUUGAACUUGCGCUGCAAAUUUGAAGAUGCUUCUGGCAACUGCUGGGUUACCGCUUUCCAUCCAGCAGCUGAGAAGGUGCUCUCUCUCACAGCACAGGAGGUCCAAGACAUCGAGCAAAAGCAGGGCCGAGAGGCAAUUGAGAACAGAUUGAAAGAUGCCUACUACGGAGAGAUGCUUCAGAUCCACCUCCGUGCAAAGCCAGAGAUGUACAACGGCGAGACCAGGACUGGGGUGUCCUGCAUCGCAGCAUCUCUGGCCACUGUCCGAGACCAUUCGCGCUUCAUGCUGAAGGAGAUCGAAGAGAUGUUGGCCAAGUAAUCAGCAGAUUCAGCGGCAAACUGAGUUCAUGGUAUUUUGCCGCCUUUGUCAACGAUGCACCUUGGCCGAGGAUGUCCAAUGGAAGUAUAAGCAUGUGAAAGACAUGCGCUUUGAAGGGCGAGGUGCUGACUUCUGGGAAUCAUCCUGUUC